GUAAUCUCCCUCAAUUGCUUACAUGAUCUGAUAUCUACUCAUUUCCGAACUCAUUCUUCAGAACAUGGCUGAGCUUCAGUCCAUCUUCCGAAAAGCUUACUGGUCGCUGGCAGCCGGAGGCCUAUUCUAUGUGCUUGUCGUCUAUGCGCUCACAUAUCCUGUAGUCCAACGCUUUGCACUUUAUGUUCAUAAAGUGAAUCCUACUCGAUGGCAGGACAUCAACCUUGUUGAGUCCUUCGGAUUCCUGAAAACGCAAGUACAACCUUUCAACCUGGUGACUCCCGACAACGAGACCUUGUACGCAUGGCAUCUUCUUCCGCUGCAACUAUGCAAGGAACACGAAGAUGACCUACAUGAGAACGAACGAUACGGCCCAGCGGAGGACUACACCAAGACCUCAGCAUUUAAGCUGCUCGCCAAUGACCCCAAUGCGCGAGUCGUUGUCAACUUCCACGGCAACGCCGCCCACCUCGCCUCAGCCCAGCGACCAGACAUCUACCGGCAACUUCUCGGACUCUCGACUCCGUCACAUCCAGUGCAUGUCUUCGCCCUGGACUACCGGGGCUUCGGCCUCUCCACCGGCUCACCCACCGAAGAAGGCCUCAUCACCGACGGCGUCGCCCUCCUCAAUUAUCUCACCGCCGGCCCGCUCAGAAUCCCGCCGUCGCGCAUCGUCAUCAUGGGCCAGAGCCUGGGGACCGCCGUGACUGCCGCCGUGGCCGAACGCUUCGCAUUCGGGUCCUCCGACCCAACGGCUCUCCAGCCCGCCCUCAAGGACCCAGAGCCCUUCGCCGGCGUGAUCCUCCUAGCCUCCUUCAGCAACGUCCCAAGCCUGAUCGACUCCUACAGCGUGAAGGGCAUCACCCCGCCCAUGCUCGCGCCCCUCUCCGCCUACCCCGGGAUCAAAGACUACGCCAAGCGCCAGAUCGUCGACCGCUGGGACACGGCUGCCCGGGUUGCGCGGUUGUCAGGCGUCAGCAACAACAACAGCACCGCCACCACCACCACCACCGGCAAAGACCACCAUCCAGGCCCAGCGUAUGCCGAGCAGGGGCUUAACCUGUUCAUCGUACAUGCAGCCAACGAUGUCGAGAUUCCCUGGCAAGAAGGCCGGCGCGUCUGGGCUGCGGCCACGGGCGAAGCGGUCGAGAACAGCCCCGGGAAGAUUGUGGUGUCGACAAGGGACUCCGUUGGCGGACCUAAUGAGGUCCAGAUCUGGGAGAGCAGUUCGGCCAAGGACUCUGCUGUGGUCAAGAAGGUUCGAUGGGAACGUGUGGCGUAUGGAGGUCAUAAUCGCGUAGCAACGUUCUCGGUCGCCGCCUUGGCUGUGCUGAGAGCCUUUGAUGGCUGAAGUAUAGUUUCAGUUGGAUUUAGCUGCACCAAAGCACAAGGAGAUGGCCACUGGGGUUCGCAGUGAAAUCUCCCACAGUAAAUGUAAAAGACUCGCAGCACCCCACCCUGUGAAUGAGAACACGAUCGAAUUUUCGUACGAAGAGGUAAAGGUACUGCUUGAAGCCUUAGCCAGGUGUUUGUUCUGAGACAUGAGCUUGAGGGGCGGCAUAUCUGACCCGAGCUAGACAUAGACACGGAUGCAUUUGGCGUAAUCCGAAACUCGCGAGGUAUUAGCCAGGCGUCUGUUCUUCUAACAAAAUACUUAUCUAUAUCUAGAGCACUUUUGUGUGUCUUCC